AUGUGCCAACCCGCCGUCUGCGGCGCAACGUUACAGCAACGGUUACCCCUUUUGUUCAACCGAGUUCCCGAAUAAUUCCCAACACAAUGAAAUGAUCGGGUUAUUUAAAUGGUAUCUUUGAAAAACACUGUGCCUACAUUACUGCUGUACUCAUCUCGGACUAUCUGGUGAACUGAACAACCCGAUCUACAACCCCGUCCGAGAUGUGCGGUUUCCGAAGCAGGCAGUCUUGAGGAACGUGGAGUAAUGUAAACGUGAACAGCAUCUGUCCCAACAGUGACUGUUGGCACAAUGGGGCUGGACUUUGAUGUAAAGACGUUUUGUCACAACCUGCGGGCAACAAAGCCCCCUUAUGAGUGCCCAGUGGAAACCUGCCGUAAGGUGUACAAGAGCUACAGUGGAAUCGAGUAUCACCUCUACCACUACGACCAUGACAACCCAACUCCUGCACAGAUGGUACCUCAGAAGAAGAGGAAGGGGCGGCCUCCUCGGGCCUCACUGGCGGGGUCUGGAGAUACAGAUGAGGGUGGAAGUAACGUAGGUGGAGGACCUGGGCAGGAAGGGAACACCCCUGGAAGCCCCAACCGCUCAGAACAGUCCCACUCCCCGGGCAGAGACACUAUGACAUAUGCCCAGGCACAGCGCAUGGUGGAGCUGGAUCUCCAGGGGCGGAUCCACCGCAUUAGCAUAUUUGAGAACAUUGAUGUGGUGUCAGAGGAGGACAGUGAUGCAGAGGAUGCUCCACUAGCUGGUAGUGGGGGUAGUGGUGGAGGUGUGUGUAAUGGUAGUGAUGGAGGAGGAGGAGGUAGUGAGGUAGGAGGCAACAAUAAGGACCGCCCAGAUAUCCCAUCUUCUAAUGGGGGCAAAUCCACCCCAAAGUCUGGGAAGCAUAAGAGUAAGGAGAAGAAGAAGGAAGGCUCAUCUCAUCAUCACAGCUCUCAGUCUGGGCCUGCGAUCAAACUUCCUGAGGCGGUCUUUAGAGAACUGGACCAAGAGAGACCUGAAGCUCCCCCUCGGCCUUCAUCUUACUACAGAUACAUCGACAAGUCUGUGGAGGAGCUGGAUGAAGAGGUGGAGUAUGACAUUGAUGAGGAAGACUACAUCUGGCUUGACAUCAUGAACGACAAGCGGCGGCGAGAUGGUGUGACGCCCAUCCCUCAGGAGGUCUUUGAGUACCUCAUGGACCGCUUGGAGAAAGAGUCCUACUUUGAGAGCCACAACAAGGCUGACCCCAGCACCCUGAUUGAUGAAGAUGCUGUCUGCUGCAUCUGUAACGACGGAGAGUGUCAGAACAGCAAUGUGAUCCUGUUUUGCGACAUGUGUAACCUGGCAGUGCAUCAGGAGUGUUAUGGUGUUCCCUACAUCCCAGAGGGACAGUGGUUGUGUCGACGUUGCCUACAGUCACCCAGCAGAGCCGUGGACUGUGCUCUUUGUCCCAACAAGGGAGGAGCUUUCAAACAGACAGACGAUGCACGCUGGGCACAUGUGGUGUGUGCCCUCUGGAUCCCAGAGGUCUGCUUUGCUAACACAGUCUUCCUGGAGCCCAUCGACAGCAUCGAGCACAUUCCUCCUGCCCGCUGGAAGCUCACCUGCUACAUCUGCAAGCAGCGUGGGUCAGGUGCCUGCAUCCAGUGUCACAAAGCCAACUGUUAUACCGCCUUCCACGUCACCUGUGCCCAGCAGGCAGGCCUCUACAUGAAAAUGGAGCCUGUCAGAGAGACGGGAGCCAACGGCACCUCGUUCAGCGUACGCAAGACGGCUUACUGUGACAUCCACACGCCCCCAGGAUCAGCCCGACCUUUGGGAGGUGUGGGCGGUGCAAGCAUGGGCGCAAGCAUGGGUUCUUCUCACAGCGAGGGGGAGCUGGAGGAAGACGACGAGCCCAGCAUCGGCCAUGACGAUGAUUCCAAAGGCUGGAGUUCUGAACGAGCAAAGAGGGCCAAGGCUAAGUCGAGGCUGAAGAUGAAAAGAGCAAGGAAGAUCUUAGCCGAGAGGAGAGCUGCUGCACCAGUCGUGUCUGUGCCCUGCAUCCCUCCCCACAGGCUGAGCAAAAUCACCAGUAACUUGACGGUACCCAGAAAAAGCCAGUUCAUGCAGCGACUGCACAGCUACUGGACCCUGAAGAGACAAAGCCGUAACGGCGUCCCUCUGCUACGGCGGCUCCAAACCCAUCUGCAAUCACAGCGACAUAUUGACCCCGUCUCUCCUCAGCCUCCGUCACAACUCCCUCCGGCGCCGCAGAGGGACAGCGAGGAGAAACAAAUGGCACUGAAGGAGCAGCUGAAGGCGUGGCAGAGACUCAGACACGACCUGGAGAGAGCCCGGCUUCUGGUGGAGCUCAUUCGCAAGAGGGAGAAACUCAAGAGGGAGACGAUUAAAGUGCAGCAGAUGGUGCUGGAGAUGCAGCUCACUCCCUUGCUGGUGCUGCUGAGGAGCACACUGGAACAGUUACAGGAGAGAGACACGAACAACUUCUUCACUGAGCCUGUCCCGCUGGCAGAGGUGCCGGACUACCUGGACCACAUCGACACUCCCAUGGACUUUCAGACCAUGUGGAACCUGCUGGAGUCCCACCGCUACCUCACGUUCGAGGCCUUUGAGGCCGACUUUGGCCUCAUUGUCAACAACUGCCUGAAGUACAACGCCAAGGACACCGUCUUCUACCGCGCUGCCCUGCGGCUCAGAGAGAUGGGCGGAGCUGUCAUCAGGACAGCCAGACGGCAAGCUGAACGGAUAGGCUUUGACUACGAGACUGGCAUGCACCUCCCCAGAGAGCCGAGCCCGGAGAGCCAACGUGAGCAGGAGAGAGAUCGAGAGAGGGAUCGAGAGCGGGAGAGAGAGCGGGACAGAGAGAGGGACAGGGAUCGAGAAAGAGAACGUCUGAUGUCAUCCAAUGAGGACGACCUCCUCCUGCCAGACGACAGACGACGGCUGCCGCUGGAGGAGCAGCUGCAUUACAUGCAGACGCGUCUCGAUGAGGUCAGCUCAGGAAAGCACAGCAUUGGCCAGUCUCGUCGAGCCAAAGCCCUGAGGAAGGAAAUAAGUGUCAUCAAGAGGAAACUCGCACACCAGCGGGAGGGGGGCUCAGGUUUGGGAGGGAGGGAGUCAGUGGGAGGAGGAGAGCGAGGUUCAUCUCUCCCCCAUCACCCUUCUUCUGGAGGACACCUGGAUGAAGGGGGAGAAAGCAGCAGCCAGGAGAUUGGUGGGAAAGACCUGAAUGUGUCCUCGUCUGUCCUCGCUCCAGAGGUGGGCCGUCGGACUUCUGUCCUCUUCUCCAAAAAGAACCAAAAAAUGGCCGGCCCCCCAAAAAGGCCAGGACGCCCUCCGAAGAACAGGGAUGCAGGCUAUGCAGGAGCAGGGGUCAGCCAAAGCCCCAUCGGUCCUCCUCAGCUCCCCCUGCUGUCCUCGACCAGGCAGAGGAAGAGGCCACGCAGCCCCCACAGCAGCUCCAGCUCCGACAGCGACAGUGACAACGAUGACCUUCUCCCCGGCUUGCCAAGUAACGGUUUCGACGGAGGAAACCAGCCUGUGACAGAGAGCUUUCGUGUGUACAGAAAUGACACCCGUCUCCCUCGUUCCAGCUCAGAUUCAGAGUCCACAACCAGCAGCAGCAGCAGUGCGGCUUCUGACAGAACCAGUACGACCCCUUCCAAGCAGGGCCGAGGAAAGGCCUCGUUCUCUCGCUCUGCUUUCCAGGAGGACAGCAGUGAGGAGACUUCAGGCACUGAAAAUGAUUCCUACUCCGUCGGGGGAUCACGGAGUGUUUCACAUUUGGUACGCGGUCGAGCAAGGUCAGGAUGCUGGAUGACUUCUGAUGACUAUUCUUCUCUUGAAGCUCUGGAUCUGGUGUGGGCCAAGUGCAGAGGCUACCCUUCAUAUCCGGCUCUGAUAAUUGACCCCAAGAUGCCCAGGGAAGGAGUGUUUCACAGAGGCGUCCCAAUUCCUGUCCCCCCUUUGGAUGUGCUCAAACUGGGGGAGCAAAUGACCCAGGAGGCCAGGGAGCACCUCUUUCUCGUCCUUUUCUUCGACAACAAGAGAACAUGGCAGUGGCUGCCUCGCUCUAAGCUGGUGCCGCUCGGGGUUGACCAGGAGCUGGACAAGGAGAAGAUGCUGGAGGGCAGGAAAUCCAACAUCCGCAAGUCAGUGCAGGUGGCUUACCAUCGUGCCAUGCAGCACCGCAGCAAGGUGCAGGGAGACCCCAGCAGUGAGACCAGCGACAGUGACUGAACACGCACAUUUGGUGUGUUGGUCCUUGCAGGUGUUGUGGAGUGUAUGUUUCUCUAUUGAGAGCCCAACCCUCCUUCACAGAACAAAAAAACUGUGCCAGUAACAGAGAGUGGGAGAAAGGAAUCCACUACAUUGGCCCCAAGACAGACACACACUCAUGCACACCAAGCCGUAUUUAAUCUGACAUGUAAAAUAUUGUAUUUAAGAGAUUUGAGAGAACGAUAUUAAUAAUUAUGUUUGGAAAAUAUGCUACGUUCAGAAUCAUAAAUCCAAAUAUUCUUCAUAUGUGGUCGACAUGUUUAACAACAAAUGAGAUAAUGGUUUACAGACUCCAAGAGUAAACAUAGAAAGACACUUUGAUAACUUUGCAUCUCCUUUCAUUCUUACACAUGGGAUUUUACAUUUGAACUGGGACAGGCAUGCAGUGAAUAUUAAGAUGCACUGUUGGCAUGGCUGUGAAUUUCAACGAUCAAGCACAUCACCUCCCCUGAGAAAGAAAUUGCCAUGAUACAAAUGUCCUGUCGUUUGUCAGUGAGGCACAAGGAGAAACUGACUCAAUCAAUUCAAUGUUAUUUAUUCUGCUUACUCCUUAUUAACAAACUCCACAGCCGGUUUUAUCAUGGACUACUUCUUUUCACCCCCACUACACAAGACAACUUUGUGUAGUCCUUUUUUUUUUGGUCUGUCUGUGUUCAUCGUGUCACUUGUUUUUAUGGUUUGUUAACGCACUUCAGUGGUACUCAGGCCACUGGAGUAAUGACAACUGAACUGAAACACGAUUGCCUCACUGUCUGUCUUAGUCUCAGGCCGAUGGCUUUAGAACUUUUAUAUAAACAGAUUGCAUAAAAAUAGAAGUUUAAUAAAAAAAGAUUUGAGUUUUUUAAA